CAGGUCCAAAGCUCUCUCCCACACUACACGACCACACUGGCAGAGUGUAGCAGAAAUUCAGAAUGGGGUGGAAUCCGUCACACGAGUUGAUUGUCUUUCUCGUCAUCUGCGGAUGUGUGGUGUUUGUCUUCAUAGGAUACGCCUUGGCUCGACUGUACGGAGGCGACAGCUUCGACGGGCCUGGGUUGCCGGGGAUGACCCCGGAGCAGGCCUCAUACAUGCGAGAGGUCCGACUGCGGAACCGGGAGGAUAUGUUCCAUGCUCUGCAGGGCAUGGAGAAGGGACAUCGGGGGAUGGGGGUAAGGGACGUCUAGAGUUCUCCAAGAUAGAACGAGACCUUGUCUCAUCGCACCGAACACGAUAUCGCAGGACGAUUACGAACAUUACGAGCACGAAUUAUACCGAGGUCCUCUCUUUGCUUCAUAUGAAACGAUUACUUGAGUUACGAUGACGGAUUGGAAUUGAAGAUGUGGAGACUGAGUCGGUUCACAACGCACAUUCUCGUUGGGUCGGGUUUUUAUUGGCGUCUAUUGAUAUGUACGGAACAAAUUGGCAUUGAUUAAAUGUUGCACGCAGCCAGGGAUUGGUUUUGGCUUCAGAUACCUCAAAUCUACACGGAUGCUACCUCG